AUGCCCGCGGGCUCCAACCGCUCGGACUGCGCGCGCUGCGGUGUCUCCGGCGCCCCUCCGCACCACCCGCAUCCGCCUCCGCCGCCGCUCACGCUCUUCCCGCUGCCCGCGCUGGUGGCCGUGACUGUCGCGUGCGCCCUGUUGUUCGUGGCGGGAGUGGUGGGGAACCUGACGACCAUCGUGGUGGUGAGCCGCUACCGGGACAUGCGCACCACCACCAACCUGUACCUGCGCAGCAUGGCGCUGUCCGACCUGCUGGUGUUCGCGUGCAUGCCGCUGGACCUGCAGCGCGUGUGGCGCUACCGGCCGUGGCCGCUGGGCGGCGCCGUCUGCAAGCUGUUCCACUUCGUGAGCGAGUGCUGCACGCACUGCACGGCCCUCAGCAUCGCCGCGCUCAGCGUGCACCGCUACCUGGCCGUGCGCUUCCCGCUGCGCGCCAAGGUGGCCGUGACGCGCCGCCGCGUGCGCGCCGUCAUCCUCGCGCUGUGGGCCGUGAGCGCCUGCAGCGCCGGCCCCGUGCUCGCGCUGGUCGGAGUGGAGCACGAGCACGAGCGCGAGCGGCACGAGGCCGAGAACGACACCGAGAGCCGGAGCGGAAACUGGACGUGGGACUGGAGCGAGGGCCGCGCGGAGGCGGAGUGCACGGCCACGCGGCACGCGGUGAAGUCCGGGCUGCUCUCUGCCGUGGUGUGCGUGAGCGGCGCGCUCGUGGCCCUUCCCGCGCUCUGCUUGUGCGUGCUGUACACACUGAUCGGGAGGAAACUGAGCCGGGGACGGCGUGCGGACGCACGCAGCUCCGCGAGGGACAAGAACCACAGACAGAGCAUAAAGCUGCUGGCUGUGGUGGUGUUGGCCUUCGUGCUCUGCUGGCUUCCCUUCCACGUGGUCCGCUUCCUGAUCUCCGCCUCCUCAGCCGCGGGUUCCCCCAUCAUGUCUCUGAUCAGCCAGUACUGCAGCCUCAUCUCCUUCGUGCUCUUUUAUCUCAGUGCCGCCAUCAACCCCAUCCUCUACAACAUCAUGUCGGAGAAGUACAGGGCCGCCGUGUGUCGCCUCUUUGGAAUUCACGGCCGCCGGCGCAGGAGCGCAUCCGUCACGAAGGCCGAAAGCUGCCCUGGACUCAAUGAAUCCACCGUCAGCCUGUGA